GUUUAGAGAAUAAUAAGAAAAAAUUAUAUAAAAGAAUAUCGCAAUAUUUCGCGCGUUUAAAUGCUUAUAAACGAUGGAUUUAUUUGCUGAUCUCCCUCCCCCAGAUUCAGAGAAUGGCUCUUCAACACAAGAUGGUGGAGGGCUGUUUGGUGAUCUUCCAGAACCAAAGCGAGAGAAACGAAAGCAGGAAAACGACGAUGAAACUUCUGAUAAGAAACGACGAUUAGAAAAUGAUGUUAAAUUUCUGCUGAAAGGUUUCGUUACUGAACGAAUGGGAGAACGGGAAGAUAUGCAAGAUGCUCAUGUCGUAAUGGAUGACUUUGGACCGGAAUUUAGCGAUGAUCACAUUCCACAUGACGUCUCCAGACUGGCUUACUACGCCAUAUUUGACGGUCAUGCUGGGGCAGAAGCUGCCAAGUUUGCUGCGAAGAAUUUGCACAAGAAUAUUGUGAGAAAGUUUCCAAAAGGCGAAGUUGUAAAUAAAGAUAAGGAAAUCAAACGAUGUUUAAUCGACGCAUAUCGCAAGACGGAUGAAGAAUUCUUGCAGGAAGCAACCAAACAUAAUCCGACAUUAAAAGAUGGUUCCACUGCUGUGUCAAUUUUGGUCGUUAAUGAUGUCCUGUAUGUUGCAAACCUCGGAGAUAGCAAAGCACUACUCUGUCGGAGAAAUGAAGAUGGAAAAUAUAGCAUUGUAUCACUUACAAAAGAUCAUUCUCCAACUCAGUACGAAGAAAGACUUCGAAUACAAAAAUCAGGAGGGAAUGUCAGAGAGGGCCGAGUUCUUGGUAUUCUUGAAGUAUCUCGUUCAUUUGGCGAUGGUCGUUUUAAAGGAUGUGGUGUCAUAGCUACCCCUGAUGUGCUAAGAUGUUCGCUCACUGAUAAAGACAAAUUUCUUUUACUAGCGUGUGAUGGGCUGUGGAAAGGCUUUGAAGUGGACGAAGCUAUAAAAUAUAUAAACGAUAUUCUGGAGGGAGAAACGGCUAUUAAAAGUAAUAAAGGUACUGACGAAUCUGAGGACGAGAAUGAACCGACGCUUUAUGAAAUAGCUUGCAGUAGUGUUGCCGGCGAUGCGAUUAGAAAAGGAAGUUCAGACAACGUCACGGUCAUGUUGGUGGAGAUCCAAUCAGCGUAGCAGGAAUCAUGGAGCUGGCCAAUCAGGAUGUGAGAAAAGCAAUAAAGGGAGUAAGGAGCAACAGAUAAAGAUCUGUGGAAUUUAAAGCUAAACAAAAGAACUGAACAAUAACAGCAGUGCGCAUCCCAAGGUUUCCGAUUUUUUUGCAAAUUAUGGCUACUACUGUUCUGUGCACAUCUGAUCCUCCAAUGAAGUUAUUUACAAAAUAAUUUCUGACAACGUAGUCGUAAUACUUGACAAAUUAUAAUAGAUGUAAUACUAUGUAUGUAGUUCAUGUUCGUUUUC